AGUUGUUUCGUCAUCCUCCCGCGUAUGUAAUCCGCCAUCUUGUCGCGUCGAGGAGAAGGGAGACACAGCUUGCCUAAGAUAUGGCGGACUACAGCAGCGUGGCUCCACCGUCCAGUGGCGGCGGUAUGAAUGACGCUUUUAAAGACGCUCUUCAACGAGCGCGACAGAUCGCAGCGAAAAUAGGUAACGAUGGCGUGGCGGCCCCCCCGACGACUGAGUUUGGGUACGGAGGCCAGAAAAGGCCCUUGGAGGACGCUGGUGGGUAUUUUCCCAUGCCUGACCUGAAUAUCGACCAACCAGAGACGAAGAAAGUGGCGACCAAUGACGCUUUUUCUGCUAUGGGAGGAAUGGGCGGCCCCCCUAGAUCAAUAUCAGAGGAAUUCAAGGUUCCUGAUGGAAUGGUUGGAUUCAUUAUCGGACGGGGUGGUGAACAAAUUUCGCGUCUGCAGCAAGAAUCGGGAUGCAAAAUACAGAUUGCCCCUGACAGCGGAGGGAUGCCUGAUAGGUCAGUGACAUUGACGGGAGGACCCGACGCUAUUCAGACAGCAAAGAGGCUACUCACAGAAAUUGUUGAGAAGGGACGACCGUCACCCGCAUUCCACCACAACGAUGCUCCAGGCAUGACGGUUCAGGAGAUUAUGGUCCCUGCCUCUAAAGCCGGCCUCGUCAUUGGCAAGGGAGGCGAGACCAUCAAGAGUCUUCAGGAAAGAGCUGGAGUGAAGAUGGUCAUGAUUCAAGAUGGCCCCCAAAACACAGGCGCCGACAAACCUCUCCGUAUUUCGGGAGAACCCUUUAAAGUUCAGCAAGCCAAAGAGAUGGUGAUGGAGCUAAUCAGAGACCAGGGCUUCAGAGAGCAGAGGGGCGAAUAUGGUUCCAGAAUCGGAGGUGGCGAGACAUUAGAUGUUCCGGUUCCACGGUUUGCAGUCGGAAUUGUCAUCGGCAGAAGCGGAGAGAUGAUCAAAAAGAUCCAGAGCGACACAGGGGUCAGAAUCCAGUUUAAACCAGAUGAUGGCAGCGCACCCGACAGGAUAGCACAGAUCAUGGGUCCUCCAGAUCAGGCUCAGCACGCGGCAGAGAUCAUCUCAGACCUGCUGAGGAGCGUCCAGGCCGGCGGGCCUCCGGGUCACGGAGGCGGUGGCGGCGGCAGAGGCCGAGGACGUGGGCAGGGCAAUUGGAACAUGGGCCCUCCCGGUGGCCUCCAAGAGUUCUCCUUCACCGUCCCGACCAUGAAGACUGGCCUAAUUAUUGGAAAAGGUGGUGAGACCAUCAAAGGAAUCAGCCAACAGUCGGGGGCCAGGAUUGAGCUACAAAGGAAUCCUCCUCCCAACUCUGACCCCAACGUCAAAAUGUUUACCGUCAGAGGCUCACCUCAGCAGAUCGACUAUGCCAGACAGCUGGUAGAAGAGAAGAUUGGGGGACCUGUCACUCCAAUGGGUGGCCCACAUGGGCCCCCUGGUCCACAUGGAGGGCCAGGCCCACAUGGUCCUCCAGGCCCUCCGGGACCCCCUGGUGCUCCCAUGGGUCCAUACAACCCCGGGCCUUAUAACCAGGGACCCCCAGGACCACAUGGUCCCCCAGCACCUUACCAGCCUCAGGGGUGGGGCAAUGGCUACCCGCACUGGCAGCAAGGACAGCCUGAUCCAAACAAAGCAGCAGCUGAUGCUAAUGCUGCAGCAUGGGCGGCCUACUAUGCCCAGUACGGCCAGCAACCGCAGGCUCCCAUGACGCCUUCCAGUGGCGCACCGGGCACGACUCAGUCCAACGGUCAAGGUGACCCACAAGCUGCAGGUCAGAGUGGACAGGCAGAUUACACCAAGGCCUGGGAGGAUUAUUACAAGAAAAUGGGUCAACAGAGCCAGCAACCUCAGGACUAUACUAAAGCCUGGGAGGAGUAUUAUAAGAAACAAGGUCAACCGGCCCCACAAGCGGCAGCACCAGCAGCCGCUGCGGCACCCACCACCCAGCCUGGCGGGCAGCCGGACUACAGCGCCGCCUGGGCUGAGUACUACCGGCAGCAGGCAGCUUACUACGGCACAGGCAACCCACAGACCAUGGGAGCGGCACCACAAGCCCCUCAGUGUUCCCCCCCAACCCCCCCAGACCUUGCACCUUAGGUUCUGCUGCAGUAACCCAGGUAAGCAAAGCCUAAGGAACCAAUCGUAAAUUACGGUGGAACCUCCAAAGAGGAAAAUUUCCAUUAUUUUCUGGGCAAAUAUGCGUUGGCAUGGUAAUGUCAAAUCAUACAAAUGAAAUAGGAAUGUGACAGUAUAAAUGUCACAACUAUGGGUUUGCAGUGGAGAGGGAGAUAAAAUACCACUGAUCAUUCCAUGUUUCCACAAUGUUCGAAAGUGACAUGUUCUCAGUUGUUCGCAUGUCUUGAGUCACUUUACUUUAUGGUACGCAGUGCCUAUUUAUGCUUGCAAUUGAAUUGGGGAAAAAAAUAGACAUCGCCCACGCCCCUUUUUUUGUACCAAAUCAAAAUGACCCUGUUGUGAAAGAAACAAUAGAAAAGUCAUGUAUUGAUUUUUUUUCCCCAAGUAUGCAAAUGAUUAGUAAUAGACUGAGCAGGACUCUAGAUUUUGUUUUUGACACUUGUGGCUAACACCCGGGUCGAACUAACAGGAACAUGAUUUCUGAGAAACCGUACAGGAUAGAAACUCAUGACAAGUGGAUGCUGUAUUCUAGCAAAUCUACAAAUGUGUGUCAUUGUUGUUUGGAGAACAACUAAGUGAACCAAAUGACAAUUGUUCCGCUUUGGAGGUUCCACUGUCUGUUGUUGGCCGAUUUGGCCAGUUUUCCCAUCCGUGCAAAGAAAUGCUCACCCUGUCAAUGAAUUCAUUCUGAACUGAAAAGUGACACUUAUGACUUAUACGACCUUGUGGACUUGACUCAAAAGUAUACACUUGCUGGUUAUGAGGAAUAUUGCGUUAAGCACAACAUGAGAGGCCUUCAUCGUUUUGUUUUUUAAUUUUCGUGCAUGUCAUCUAAAGCUGCUGCAGGUAUCCCUGGGUAGGGCCAAUUUUCUGAAGAAAAAUAACGUGAUGUUGACCAAUGUUAAUCUGGUGGUGUGCAUUUUGUCAAAAGCGCAGUGCUGACGUACUCAUUGAUACGCCUUCACUUCUCGCUCACAGUGUUGGAGGACGCUGGAAGCUUAGGCGCUAGAAUCAGAGCCUGUGAUAGUUUCUGCCGAGCGUAGGCCGGGCAAGAGCUCCAGUGCUUAAGGUAAAAAAAAAAAACAGACCCAAUUAAAAAGUCAUGUCAUUUUUGUGACUGCGAAAAGUGCUAGCUCGGCAUGUCUUCUGCUCGGGUUGACUGUUUUAAUGCUGCCAUAGUCAUUUGAUGGUUGUCAUUCAUACUAAGUCGUCUUGGUUGUUGGAAUGCUUUAGAAAGUUGGAUGAGGACAGGAAUUGAACUUUGAACAUGUUGUAUUGUGUCAUUGAAAUGUCCCACUAAGGCUCUUACAUUUUUAGAGGGUGGGGAUUGUUUAGCCAAGAGGAAGCCUUCUAUAGGUAAAUGUGCUGUACCAUAUGCUCACUCAUACUGUAAUGUUCAUUCAGAAUAAUAAAGGUGUCACAAAUAAA